AUGUCUCCCACAGAGUCCGCUGGUGACCGCAAACGACGUCGAAUCGCCGUCGCUUGCAAUGAGUGUCGCGAGCGAAAGAGAAAAUGUGACGGGGUGAAGCCCGUCUGUGGCGCGUGCGUCAAAAGGCCUUCUCCACGGUGCGUCUGGGAUGCAGGACGAAACGCGAAAGGGUGGAACCACAGUUACGUCGAGUCCCUAAGAGGCCGAAUCCAAGAAUUAGAAGAAGGACAAGCAAUGGCCAAUGCCUUACGGGUUGGCCAUCCAUCAGCUCGGCAGGCUGGCCAGGGCGAGGCUGCCGGUCCACCCGGACUCUCGCCUCGGCAACUCCUUGCAGAUGAGACAGAUGGGCUUGGACUUCGGACACCUCAGCAAUCUAUGACCUCACCAGAGAUGGUUGGAAUGCCAGAGGCGACAAUGCCGGCUUCAGCCAGCGAUGGGCUUUCUUCCUACUCGACCGCCGCAGGACUCGCGGACGCCGUGCGGUCAGGGAUGCUGGACAGGCGUUCUGUCGUAGAGGACGAUGACUCUGAUGAUGAGUCUGCCAUUGAUGCCAUGGGUGUCUUUGGGUCCUUUGACGAUCGAGGGCGCCAGGGAUCCAGCUUUUUCGGCUCUACAAGCACCGUCAGAUUUCUCAGCCAUGCUCGUCGGGCUAUGAGUCAAAAUGAGAGCGGCCCAGGCGCAUGUCCAUCGAGGAGUGGGCUACCUGGAAUUUUACAGCAGGAAGGAAUUGGGGGAGGAGGGCGCUCGCCGUCAGCAGUACGCAUCAAGUCCAAUUCUAGUAUCAGGCGCGGGGAAUACCAAUUUAGCAUCCCACCACGACAUAAGGCCGACACCCUACUCGAUAGGUACUGGACCUAUGUUCAUUCCCUGUAUCCAUAUCUACACCGCUCAUCGUUCACCCAGAAAUAUCUGACUCUGUGGUCGGCGGCGUCAGACCGUCUUUCCUCCAAAGCCUCGAAGUCUCCGCCAAGCCAAAGUUACUACUGCAAUAUAGAUGAGAGGCUGUUCCAUUGCCUACUCAAUCUGGCUUUUGCCUUAGGAUCUCAGUUCGGCCCAACCAUGGAGGACGGUGAUCGAAGUCAGCUGGGGUUGACAUUCUUUGAGCGUGCUAAAGCGCUGAUGGACUUUGAUCUCCUCGUCCAGGGCAACAUCUUCCUCGUGCAGAUGCUCAUACUUAUGGGCCUGUAUCUUCAGAGCACUGAGAUGGCCAACGCAUGCUGGACCAUGGUCGGCUUGGCGAUUCGCACUGCGCAAGGCAUAGGUCUUCAUCACGAACCCGAAUAUUGUGAGCAGGGGUGUUGUUCAAAGACGAAGCCAAGCCAGCUGGAGAUCGAGAUGCGCCGACGAGCCUGGACCGGCUGCAUCCUCUUGGACCGGGUCUGCUCCAUGACAUUUGGGCGGCCAUUGAUGAUCCAUCCCGCCAUAUCCCAACGCUGCGUCCCCCCGUCUGCCAUCGACGAUAGCUUUCUAUCCCAGGGUCCUGGUAUGACAGCAUCCCAGCCGGCAGAUAUUCCCAGCGUGACUGAAUUUUACGUUCAAUGCAUCCAGCUGCAAAAUAUCCUCGGUGAGAUUCUUGAGGCUCUAUACUAUGAAAGCAGCGAUCAAGGAAGUGGAAAGCUCGACGUCAGUUUCAAUUUCAUAGCGGCAUCCACAGCCCACGACAAACUCAACGAUGGUGGAUUACAGGUGUUACUCAGGCUCGACAAGUCCCUUACUUCCUGGUGCCAAAGGUUGCCCGCUCAUCUAAAAGCUCGGAACUAUAAUUUCACGGCGUUGGAGAGCCGUCGUCUGUUCGGGCCGGGCACUCCCACGUUCAAUCGACAGGCAAUCAUUCUUCAUGCAAGGUAUCUUCACGUACGAUUGUUUAUGUUCCGUCUGGUCUUGUCAGCGGCGCUUUUCCAUUCAAGUGGUCAGGACACCCCAUCGAAGACGGAUCCCUCGAUGGAGUCGGCGAUGCGACAAGACGUCCUGGAUAAAGGUGUCAAUUUAUGCGUGUCAUCAGCCUACGACCUCGUCGACCUAAUUACGUCCAAUCUACACAUCCACGAUGAUAUCCUUCCUCCAUUCUGGCACAAUGUUUUCUACAUGCAUAGCUGUGCAAUUGUCUUUCUUAUCUGUCACCUCUGCUGCCUGAGCCGCAUCAAGGAUGAGAAUAUCCUUACUACAGGCUGGAAUAAAUGCUUAAGCUUCUUCCGCUCCUAUCGAUCACAGAGUCGAUCUGCCAAAAGGUGUCUUCGAAUCAUGGAAGCCGUUCGGGGGGAUCCUUUCCCUCCCCAAAACUGUAGGCCCCAUUGA